AUGGCCCAGUCCACCGCCCACCGCCGUCUCCUCCAAGAGUACCGCGCCCUCACCAACAACCCCCCCGACGGCAUCACCGCCGGCCCCGUCACCGAAGACGACCUGCUGCACUGGGAGGCCCUGAUCCAGGGCCCCGAGGGCACGCCCUUCGAGGGCGGCGUCUUCCCCGCCGAGCUGCGCUUCCCCAAGGACUACCCGCUGGCGCCGCCGUCGAUGCGCUUCCUCGCCGACGUCUGGCACCCCAACGUCUACCCCUCGGGCCUCGUCUGCAUCUCCAUCCUGCACCCGCCCGGCGACGACCCGAAUCACUACGAGCACGCGAGCGAGCGCUGGAGCCCCAUCCAGAGCGUCGAGAAGAUCCUCAUCAGCGUCAUGAGCAUGCUGGCCGAGCCCAAUGACGAGAGCCCCGCCAAUGUCGAGGCCGCCAAGAUGUGGCGCGAGAGGCGGGGCGAGUAUGAGCAAAAGGUCCGCGAUGGCGUCAGGCGGAUGCUCGGCCUGUGA